AUAGGAUGUUGCUGGGCAUUCUCAGCAGUGGCAGCAAUGGAAGGAAUCACAAAACUCAAAACUGGCAAGUUAAUAUCUUUAUCAGAGCAAGAGCUCGUAGAUUGUGACAUAGCAGGUGAGGAUUAUGGUUGUGACGGAGGUUUCAUAGACACUGCUUUCCAAUAUAUCCUAAAAAAUGGAGGUCUCACGAGUGAGGCUAUCUACCAAGGAGAAGAUGGCAUCUGCAGCAAGAAGAAGACAGCAACUUCUACGGCUAAGAUAACUGGAUAUGAAGAUGUGCCAUCUAACAGUGAAAAGGCUCUCUUGCAAGCUGUGGCAAACCAACCAGUUUCUGUUGCUAUUGAUGCUAGUGGGUAUGACUUCAGAUUUUACUCUUCUGGUGUCUUUCAAGGGGACUGUACUACCUAUCUAAACCAUGCUGUUACUGUAAUUGGGUAUGGUAGUAGCAGUUAUGGUACUAAGUAUUGGUUGCUAAAGAAUUCAUGGGGCACCGGCUGGGGUGAGAAUGGGUAUAUGAGGAUGCAAAGGGAAAUUAGUGCAAAUGAAGGCCUCUGUGGCAUUGCCAUGAAAGCUUCGUAUCCAACUGCUUGA